AUGUACUCGUCAACAUCCACAAGCAGCCCUUUCGCUGCAUCGACAUCGGCGCAGCCACGCCCGCCACCUUCCUCCACACUCUCCAACCUCCUCGCGCAGGCCAACUCGCUCAACCAUGCCGGCGCAAGCGGGGGCGGUUCCUCGGCUGGCGGGAUGGGGUCGGAUCUCCCGCAGAUCCGAUUGGGGAUUGAUGAGAUUGAGCGAAUGAGUGAGGGGGUUGCAGGGAGAGGCAAGGGCAGGAAGGGACGAAAUGGCGAGGGGCAUACUCUGCUCUCGUCGCUAGGUGUCAACACAUCGCAGCUGAACCAUUCUAUCGCUCAGCUCCCGUCGUCCGAAUCUCAAGCUGGCGACUUUCAGCGUCCCAAACGCCGGCGUCGGCCCGCUGCUGGCGCUGCCCAAGGUCCCGGAGGUUCCCGCAUAGACCCUCUGGGCCACUCGACCACCGGCUAUGGUGCGAGCGAGAGCGACAUGCACGCGUGGGGGCGAAACUGGCACGAGAUGGUCAUUCUGAGCGGGAUUGAAGCGCAGAGGCAGAAGACUAUCAAGUCUUUCCAGACUCAGUUCCAACAGCGGAUGCUCCAGAAUUGGGAGGAUGAGAAGGCGCGGGUACUGCAGGAUGAGCUGGGCGUGACGGAUGAUGAGAUUUCGACAUUGGCCAGCUCUUCUUCAGGAGCUCUGGGACAGUCGGGACUGGGCAGGAGCACUCUGGGAUCAAGUACCAGACGGUUCCCCAUGGCACAAUCAACCAGCAAAGCCGGCGGAAGCGCCGAGAACAAGGAAGGCGGACUCGUCAUGCACACCAAGAUGCUGCGGUAUGAGCGCGUCAUCCAGGACCUCAACCAGAAGAGGAUCGCCAAGCAGCCUAUGGAGCUGUGUCAGGCUUUGGAAGACACAGUCAAGGGAGAUGCUAAACACCCAACCCUCCCUGUCGCCUACCACAUCCUCGCUCAUCUCGUUCAAGAGCCGUCCCUCCGCGAUGCUUCCAAUGGACAGCAGCCUGAGCCGGUGCAGGAGAGGCAGUAUGCCCAGGCGUAUUUGGGAGAUCAAAGGGGAAACCAGGCAAAGAUGCUCAGGGAGAGAUUGACCCUUGGCGGAAGGCGAUUCCUGGAGCGAGACUCACUCAGCAGUUUCGAGAACCAUAUCGACGAAACGAUCGCCAAGCAUCCCAAAGAAGCUUCCCUCGGCGGUGUCCCCGGGAUCCGAAACAAGGUCCGCGCGUACACCGACGUCACCCUCCGCUCCAAGGACGCGCAGGAUCUCUUCAAGCCUGAGAGCGUCGACGGGAUCUACCUCUGGGCGCAAUUAUACCAUCUCCUCCGGUGUGGCUACGCUACAGAAGCGACGGCUCUGCUGUCAGACCACCAGAACGCUUUGAAGCGAGACGACUAUUCUUUCCCCGGCGCACUUCGGACGUGCCUUACUUCGCCGGACCGCCGACUGCCCCGCGUGCAGCGAGACCAGCUGUCCAACGACUUCAACUCGACCAUCCGGAACAACGCUACGGUCGAUCAGUACAAGUAUGCCCUGUACAAGCUUGUCGGCCGGUUUGAGCUGUCGCGCAAGACGAUGAAGGUGGCGAGUACGACGGAGGACUGGAUGUGGGUCCAGCUGAGCCUUGUGAGGGAGGGCGGAGCGGGCGAGGGGCCGCAGGAGCAGUACGAUCUGGCGGAUCUGGGCAGGAUGGUGCUCAAGUAUGGAGCGGACAAGUUUGAUGAGGGCGGCAAGAGGCCUUUUGUCUGGUUUGACCUGUUGCUGUACACGGGGCAGUUUGAGCGGGCUGUCGCGUACCUUUGGUCCAAGCAGGCCCUGCGAUCCGAUGCCGUCCACUUUGGUAUCGCCCUAGCAUAUUACGGCCUCCUCCGCGUUCCCUCCAAGACCGACGCCACUGAACUUCUCAUUACCGAAGAAACACCCUUUGGUGAGACGACCUACCUCAACUUUUACCGGAUGAUCAAGACCUACAUUGCGCCCUUCUUCAAGGUCGAGCCGCAGUCGGCUCUGCAGUAUGCGUACCUCGUUGCGCUCGGCGCGGAUGCUCCUGGAGAGACCGGGCAGAGGCAGAAGGUGUUGGCGUUGGAGCUGGUCAGGGAUGUUGUGUUGGCCAGUAGGGCAUGGGGAAGGUUGUUGGGGAGUGUCAAGGCGGAUGGGAGCAAGACUGUCGGCCUGAUUGAGCGCGACCUGAAGCUGCUCAAGCUUACCGAUGAGCGCGAGUAUGUCCAAGCCGUCAUCCUCUCGGCGGCGGACCAGUCCUCGCUCGAUGCCUCCCUCGUCGACUCCAUCGAGCUCUAUCACCUCGCCGGAUCCUACGACCGCGUCGUCGAUUCCGUCAACCGCGCUCUGGGUCACUCGCUCGCCCAGCCCAACGCCAACCUUUCGAGCAUCGCCGGCGGCCAAUCCCUCGGUCUCAGCGGUGCCUUUGGCGGUGCUGAUGACGUAUAUGAGCUGGCGCAGCGGGUGCAGCAGGUAUAUGACCGGGAUGUCGCACGGCGGAACAAGGUCCGUCGGGACGCGUGGGAGACGUUGGAGGUGUUGUUGAAGUUGAAGCGGGGGAUGAAGGAGUUUGCGGCGGAUCGGCCGGACUUGGCUCUCGAAACCUUCCGAUCGACCAACCUCCUCCCCCUCUCCCCAACCCCCGAUCCCUCCUCCAUCCCACGGCACGCCCAACGCUUCACCCAACUCCUCGACCAGCCCGUCAUUUCAAACCUCGACGACGUGAUCGUGACGACCAUGAAGUGUCUCCAUCGGCUCUCGCAGGCCCUCAAGCAGAGCCCGUAUGGCGACCAGGGGCGUAUGGGGGAAUUGGCGGCGUACAAGCAGCAAGCGCAGGGGUUGAUCCAGUUUGCGGGGGGGCUAAGAUUGAGGUUGGGCGGGGAUGUGUAUAGGCAGUUGAGCAGCAUGAGUGCUUUCUUUUGA